AUGGAGCUGCGGGCGGCCGCGGCGCUCUGCCUCUGCUGCCUCUGGAGCGCCUGCCGCCUGCGCCACGGGCAGCUGGACGCCGCCGCCGUCAGGCCCCUGGCCGCGGCGGCGGCAGCGGCGGCGGCGGCGGCAGAGGACGCCGACGCCGCCGACGGGCGCCUGGGCGGGCGCGGCGGCGGCGCCUUCCGCAACGCGACGGUCGUGCCGCACGACUACAUGCUGGCGCUCUACCGCAGCCUGGCCGGCAGCAAGCAGCCGCUCCUGCCGGGCGCCGCGCAGGGAGAGGCCGGCAGCGGCGGCGCCGCGGACACCGCCACGGGCUUCGCGGACCAGGCGCAGCCGCGAGAUGACUUUGCCUUGGAGGCCGGGCAGCAGUACCUCUUCGAUAUCUCCAGCCUGCCAGAGGUGGACGAAGUGGUGGGCGCCGAGCUGCGGAUCCUGCGGAAGUCGCCCGAAAACAGGAGCUUGGCCUUGUCCUCGGAAGGGCUCCUCCACCGCCUGCUGCUCUCCACGUGCGCCAGCCAAGAAGGCCGGGAGCCGGAGCUCCUGGACUCCCGCGCCGGAGACCUCCUGGACUCCGGCGCUGGCGACCUCUCUUCGCCCAGGUGGGAGGUGUUCGACGUCUGGGCGGCUCUGAGGCGCAGGGCGCAGAAAGGCGGGCAGCCCCACGCACUUUGCUUCCUCCUGCGCAUCGUCUCCGAUCGCACGGGAAGGCUCUUGUCCCCCGCGCAGCUGGGUUUCCGCAGGGAGCGCCUCCCGCAGCAGCCGCCGCCGCCGCCGCGCGAGAGAGCCCUGCUGGUGGUGUUUUCUCGCACCAAGCGGAAGGAGAACCUCUUCAAGGAGAUCCGCGAGAAGAUCAAGGCCUUGAGUGCGGGGCCCGGCGUCUUGCCGCAGCCGCCCGACCCUGCCGCCCCGGAGCCCCUGGACAAGCAGCGGCGGAGGCGGAGGCGGCGGAGGCGGCGGCGGACUACACUGGCAGGCCGGGCCUCUGGGGGCCGCAGCCAGGGCAAGAAGGCCAAGAGCCGCUGCAGCCGCAAAGCCCUGCACGUCAACUUCAAGGAGCUGGGCUGGGACGACUGGAUCAUCGCGCCCCUGGAUUACGAGGCGUACCACUGCGACGGCGUGUGCGACUUCCCGCUGCGCUCCCACCUGGAGCCCACCAACCAUGCCAUCAUCCAGACGCUCAUGAACUCCAUGGACCCCGAGUCCACCCCGCCGAGCUGCUGCGUCCCGUCCAAGCUCAGCCCCAUCAGCAUCCUCUACAUAGACUCCGGCAACAACGUGGUUUACAAACAAUACGAGGACAUGGUGGUGGAGACGUGCGGCUGCAGGUAG